CCAACCAUGGAGCAGUUUGCAUUAUCUUUGGUUUUCAAAUUAUAUUCAAGAUUAAUCAAAUAUAGUUGGCAAGAUGAACCCAAUAAAAAAAGUAUUGUAGUUCAAAUAAAAAAUUUAAUUUCAAAAUCAUUAGAGUUUCAUUGUAUUGGAUUAAGAAUAUUAAAGGAUAUUAUUUCAGAAUUUAAUGAAUAUGUUGGCGAUCACUUAACAGUUUUACAACAUAGAAACAUUUCAAUUUCACUAAGAGAUAAUGUAUUAUUGGAUUUCUUUUGUAUAUCUUUAGAUUCAUUAAAUUUCAGCCUUCAAAAUAUAAUGGAUGAUAAAUUAAAAAAUAUUAGAGAAUUAGCAUUGGAUUUAAGUUAUUCAUGUUUAUCAUUCGAUUUUAUAAAAACAACAAGUAUCGAUUCAUCAGAGGAAAUCUUAACAGUUCAAAUACCAUCACAAUGGAAAGCAACAUUUGAUGAGAAUAAUCCAUUAGAACUAUUUUUUAAAGUUUAUAAAUCAUUACAUUCAACUAAAUCCCUCGAGUGUAUUUUACAGGUUGUUUCAAUCAGAAGAUCAUUCUUUACCACAGAAGAAGAAAGAGUCAAAUUUUUAACCAAUUUAAUACAGUAUACUUUAGAUGUCUUAAAGAAUCGUAUUGGCUUUACAGAUUCAAAUAAUCAUUUAGCUUUUUCACGUGUUAUGGAAAGAUUAAAAACCAACUAUCAUUUAAAUAAUUUAGUUUCUGUAAAUGGUUAUCACGAUUGGAUAGCAAAUCUCUCUAAUUUUACAAUUGAUACUCUAAAAGUCCCACAAUUUUCACCAAAUAGUAUUUAUUUUUUGUUAUCGUUAUGGGCCAAAUUAGUAUCAUCAAUUAUAUAUAUUAAAGGUGACCCAUCAAAGACCUCUUUAGAUAAAUAUUCACCAGUUAUCAUGGAGGCAUUUAUAAACAGUAAAAUUAAUAAUUCAUUUUCAGAUGAGGAGGAUGAACAGCUUAUGGACUAUGAAAAGAUGGUAGAAAUUUUAGAGGGUAUUCCACACUUGGGUAGAAUUACUUAUCAAGCCACCUGCCAACAAAUUAUUUAUUUAUUUGAUUCAAUUUCUCAAAAAUUCCUUGUCGAAGCCAACCCAACCCAAUUAGAGAUUUAUGAAAGACAAUGUGCAUGGUUAGUUUACAUUAUUGGUUGUUUAAUUUUAGGUAGAACCAGUAUCAACAGUUCAGAAGAGCAUGACAAGAUUGACGGCGAGUUAUCAGUAAGAGUAAUGGUAUUAAUAAACAUUAACGAUAAGAAAUUGGUGGAUGAGGCCAGCAAGACCAACAAUAGUUAUCUCCAUAGAACCAGUAGAAUAGCUUUAGAGUUAUCUUUUAUUUACUUUAUGCAAAACUUUAGAAAAAUUUAUAUUGGUGAAAAUUCAAUUAGCUCCAGUAAAAUCUAUCAAAAGAUUACCGAAUUAAAUGGGCCAACCGACCACACCUCUGUUCUCUUUUCAAUUAUUCAAAAGAUUGGCUUCAAUUUUAAUCAUUGGGCAGAAAACGAUGAAAUUAUAAAGAAAAGUUUAGAAAUGUUUUGGGACUCUGUCAAUGGCCACUCAACAUCAAAGUUACUAAUCGAAAAUAAAGUCACCAAAGAUAUCUUAAAAGGUCACGGCCCAGCCAUGUUCCCAUUUUUAGAAAAGAACCAAAACUCUAGAAAUAGAACAACCCUCUACAAAACCAUUGGAAAAUUACUAUUCACUGAUGAGAAUUUAAAUCAUUUUGAUGAAUUUAUUGAACCAUUCGACCAAACUAUUAAAAGAUUAUUAGAUAUUAAAACUCCAGAAGAAUUUAGAACUGAAGAUAUUAAAAAGAAAACUAUUGGCUUAUUAAGAGAUUUAAGGGGUUUAGUUACAUCGGCUGUUAGUAAAAGAACUUAUUUAUUAUUUUUCGAAUGGAUUCACACACAUUUUUCAGAUGUUUUAAUUAAAAUUAUAAAUGUUUGGGUAGAUACCCCAGAAGUUACAACAGCAUUAUUAAAAUUUUUAUCAGAAUUUGUUUUUAAUAGACAAUCAAGAUUAAUUUUCGAUAGUUCAUCACCAAAUGGAUUUGUUAUUUUUAGAGAUACCAGCAAAAUUUUAGUAACCUAUGCAUCACUAAUCCUUAAAGCCAAUGUUUCAAAACAAGAUCUCUACAAAUAUAAGAUUAAAGGUAUUCAAACUUCAAUGCUGCUAUUUACACGUUGUUUAGUAGGUGGUUAUUGUAACUUUGGUGUUUUUGAAUUAUAUGGUGACCCAUCAUUUACAAGUGCCAUCGAUUAUAUUUUCCAACUUUGUCUUUCUGUUAGUUUGGAUGAACUAUUAUCAUUCCCAAAAGCAUCAAAAUCAUAUAUUACAAUGUUAGAAGCCUUAUGUCUUGGUCACUCUUUAACCAUUAUUCAAUUAAAUCCACAAUACUUUUUACAUAUUAUGAAAUCGCUUCACAGAUGCUUAGAUAGCUCCGACGUUACCAUUUCAAGCUCAUCAUGUACAUCAAUCGAAAAAAUUGUCACAGUUUGCUAUUAUCAAAUGAAAAAGAAAAACUCGACUUGCUUAAAUUCAAUUCGUCAAAACUUUUUUGGUAAUCAUAACACUCUCUAUGAAAUUAUAGAUAAAAUCAUCUCAAUUAUCAUAUAUGAAGAUAACUAUAAUCAAUUCAUUUUCUCAAAAUUACUAUUAACUUGUAUCAUUUUCAGUCAAGAUACUUUUAAUCAAUUAAAACAAAAGUAUAUUCAUUCAUUCAAUCCACAACAUUCUGAUAAAGUAGAAAAAGCAUUUAUUCAAUUAAUGGAAAAUACUCAUGAUAAUUUAGAUACCAAAAACAAAGAUAAAUUUACAACAAAUGUUACAAUCUUUAAAAAAGAAAUGAAAUCAAUAAUAACUAUAUCUAGAUAUUUAUAA